GCAGCACGGGCAGGAAUUGAGCACCUCUUCAUACCUGACGAAAACGUAAUCGAAAAGGCGCAGUCUGCACGCGGAGGUGACAGAACGUGCUACUCGUCCGCAAAAGAGCAGGCUGAAAAUGCAACGAAGGUAGAAGAACUCGAAUGGGAAGCCUGGAUGCGGGUUUUGGAUUGCGCCGGUUUCCGAACGGGCCAUGUUUAUCGAAAACCUUCUUUGCUCUCCAAAUCCGUGACAACUCACUCGUCUGUGAAUGCCAGUGAGGUAGCUGUUCCUCCAACUUCUUCAGCAACUGGAAUGAUAGACGGGGAUGACUCGGAAGCUGUGGCGGCACACAAGUUAGCGCUUCUUCGGAAAGAACAGCAGGAAACGCAAUGGCUUAACAGUCCCAAUGUCUAUCAGAAGGUUGAGAUUUUGGAGACUGGAACAGACAACCCAAAAGUUAUCACAAAGUGGAUACGCGACGCAAUAUCUCCAUCAUCGAGCGGAAUGCCGGUCAAGAUCAGCAUGCCACAACAGUUCAGCCCAGUGUCGAGCAAUCAAAAAGAAUUCAAGGAUAAACAACGGGCAAUCAGGGUAACUUUGGUGAUUUCCACGACAAGCUGGGAUUUG